UGAAAUAGCAAUGGAGGAAGUGGAAAGUGUGGUAGCAUAAUGUAGUCCUCGUAUAAUUUUUGGAACUAGAAUUCAUGUUUUUUCUGACAUAAGAAUGGGCAGAGAACAAGAUUUAUUAGAUGCCGCUAGAACUGGAAAUGUGGCCGUCAUAGAGAAGUUGUUGACAAACAGAACACGCAAAUCAUCAGGAGGCGGGGGCUUGACAAGUGCUCUGGCAAGAACUAGGAAACUCAGUUUAUGGAAUUUAAAAUCUGUGAAUAUAAAUUGUACAGAUUCAAGUGGUGAAACUCCUUUACAUUUAGCUGCUUUACAUGGACACAGAGAGGUUGUGUCGAUCUUGUUACAGAGUGAAUCGAAUCCAGCAGCUGUAGAUACAAGAGGCUGUACACCACUCCACCUUGCAGCAUGGAGUGGUAACUCUGAUAUAUGUUAUAUGUUAUUAAAUCCAUCAGCACCUGCUGCAUUAUCCACUGUUAAUUUACAGAAUGGUGAUGGUGAUACACCUUUACAUUGUGCUGCUCAACAUGGACAUGCUACUACAGUGUCUAUAUUAUUACAGAAUAAAUCGGAUCCAGCCAUACGUAACCUAGGUGAUUUGACGCCAUUAGAGCUAGCAGCACAAUAUGGCCGAUUAGACGUCGUUAUUCAUCUAAUUAAAACCCAUCCGGGCCUCGUUAACCAUGUGGUACCAACACAUACCCCGUUACAUCUAGCGUCUCGUAGCGGACAUCUAGCUGUUGUCGAAUAUUUAUUAAAUUCUGGCAUCCAAGUCAAUUUAAAGACAGAUGCUGGUACAGCAUUGCAUGAAGCAGCUACCUAUUGUAAAGUUGAUGUCAUACAAUUAUUGUUAGAAAGAGGUAUUGAUGUUAAUAUAAGAGACAAGUCAUCUUUAUCUGCUGAAGAUAUCCUGAAAACAUUACCAUCACAGAAAGCUUAUCAAGCUCAACAACUUAUAGAGAAUUACCAUUCUAAUCAUCUUAGUGCUUUCAAUACAGUCCAUACACCUGAUUCUGAUACUGCUUUCUCGGGUACUGAGACACCAGAGUCAUCUCCCCUGAAAAAACCAACACCCCAACCGCCAAAAUCUAUAGAAGAACUAUAUUCCAAGCCUUUCAAAGAUAAAGAACACAUCAAAGAAGUAGAGUUCGAAGACAGGUCUUCCGGGGUAGAAUCACCUCCACCACCCCCUCUACCACCUCGUAUGCCCUCACUGAAAUCUUCCAACAAGAACAAUACACAGAUAUCUGUUUCAUCCAGUAACGACAGUUGUUUUGAAGCUAAUCCACCUCAAGAUGCACCGUUACCGGUACCUCAAGUUCCCAAAUCUGCAUAUAUUCCAAUGGGUGCAAUCUUUCCUGAUGCCACUCCUGGUGUCAAAUUGGAACAUCCAAAGAAGCCUCCAAGAACGAGGAAGCAACCGAGUCCAAAUCCUGAUAGUAUUAGUACUAAAUCUCAUUCUUCAUCCGUUAAAUCAGACGAACUCUCCGUUUCUACCACAGAUUCUUUAGAGAGAAGUGUCGACUCGGACAUGAAGAGAAAUUCUUCAAAUUAUGUGUUUAUGGAAGGAAUUUCUUUUGAAAAAACUGACGCAAAUGCUGAAAGUGAUUCUGUGUAUGUCAAUUCAGCGGAAAUCAUAACAGCUGCAACGAAAGAAAAAUUAACGAAUGAUUUAAGUGCUGAACCGACCAAUGAAAUGAGUGCUGUAGAAAACUCCCGAAAACAUUUCCCAAAUUAUUGUAAUGUUGUUAUCGGAGGACCUGGACAGGUGGAAAUUGAAAUGGCUGAAGACAAAACUUUAGAUGAUGAAUCUGAAGUAGAAACCAAUACCUCAACUGACCCUCAAACUAAUACAAGCAAUGAAGAUACAACUGACCCUCACACUAAUACAAGCAAUGAAGAUACAACUGACCCUCACACUAAUACAAGCAAUGAAGAUACAACUGACCCACAAACUAAUACAAGCAAUGAAGAUACAACUGACCCACAAACUAAUACAAGCAAUGAUGAUACAACUGUGAUAAACGAGGAUUCGAGUCAAUCUAACGGUGAUAGAACCACUAAACCCUUAACGUUAGAUUUAUGUAAUAAACGAACCAGUUCUGUUGGUGAAGAUGCACCAGUCUCACCUACAGGUUAUGUACAACCUCCUACACCAGACCAACCACCUCCAUCUCCUAGCACAGCUUUACAUGGUAUACAUCAAAAACUUAAUCCACAGGACAAACGGAAAUCAAAAGACAUGGAAACACUUACAGAUGCCAUCUUGUUGAAUCCUGGAGGACUGUCGGAUAUCCCUGAACUAUUUCCUGGCAACAAUGCCAAAUUACCAAAUAUGGAGAAACUUGACAAUGAAGAAACAUUACCUAGUGAUAAUUUACAAACUGUAGAUAAAACAACCAGUGAUGGAAAAGUUGUUAGUGAUAAUAUGAAGAGCUCUAUAUCAAGUGAGAUCGCUGCAGGAAUAAGGGGAGAUAAUUCUAUUCAACCUAAAAUGAGAAAGACAAGUUCUAGUUCAACAAGUACUGGCGGUAGUGUCAGUGAUAGUGAAGUGGAACUCAAUAUUUUUGCAGGUUUAUUGAGAGGUUCAGCUCCAGGUGGAUCUCGUAAUGUUGUGUCGCAGAUCUGUGAAAAUGUAGUUGUCAAACGGAUUAAAUCAAAUCGACGAUCAGCACCAUCUUCUUUCUUUACUUUCGACCCAUUGAUGGAGAAGGAGGAAGAAAAAGAAAUUGACACAGAGGAAGUGAUUGCCGCCAUUGAUGCCAUAACAACAGAAGCAAAACAUCCAGCCAAUCAGAAACCAUGUAGUAAGAGUGAUGAUGCUGUCUUUGACGAUGCUGAAGAGUGGAAUAAGAUCGAAGAAAUUGUCAGCAGUUAUGGCGGCCGAUUUAGCCUUCAUGGCGAUUACGGCAUAUUUGAGGCUCAUAUGGACAAACUCUUGUCCGUGAAAGGUUCUAACAGUAUACAUAGUGUAGGAGAAUGGUUGGAGAUAAUUGGAUUAGAACAAUAUGAAAAUACGCUGAUAGCAAAUGGCUUUGAUGAUACCGAUUUCUUGGGUAAUUCUAUAUUAGAAGAUAGUGAAUUGGAAUCAAUUGGUAUCAAAGUUGUCGAACACAGGAAAAAAAUCCUUGAUUCUGCAAAAUUAUUACCAUCUCUUCAACCUAUAGAUCAGAAUAAUUUACCAGCAUCAGUAGAAGAAUGGUUAAAAACAAUCCAAUUAGAGGAUUAUUGGGAUACGUUUAAAUCUCACGGCUAUGAUUCCAUGGAAAGAGUUGUUAAAUUAUGGGAGCUGGAACUCUCUACAGUAUUAGAUAUUUCAUCUGUUGGACAUAGACGACGUAUAUUAGCAUCACUCGGUGAUCGACCAUUACCUGAUAUUAAAGAAACAAAUAACCAGACACCUACCUUAAUCAUUGACCCUGGUGAUGAAGUGAGUUCACCGUUUGAACAUAUAGAUUUAUAUAAAGAUUAUACAGGGGUACGAUCUCGACUUUCUGAUGAAUCAGAUGAACCUCCUCAAAAUCCUUUACUUAUGAUGGAUGGUCAGGAAAGCGAUGACAGUGGAAAACAGGGUCAAAGUAUCAAGGAUAGCACAAUACAUAUUCGACCUCCGCAUUUAGCUCAUACUACCGGCUCAAUACGACAAUGGCGACAUCGACCAGAAGUAUUAAUUAAAGGAUGUUGUAAUUAUACCUCACAGUAUCUUGGUUCAACCCUUGUAAAAGAGCUCAAUGGGCCUGAAUCAACUCAGGAAGGGAUAGCUAAAUUAAAGCAAAGAUUACGAAGGAAAUUAAAGAAAUCCACGGAUGUUAUUGCUAAGAUUCCAACUAUAAUGUUAUCCAUAUCAUACAGAGGAGUAAAAUUUAUAGAUGCUAAGUCUAAGAAAGUUAUCUGUGAUCAUGAAAUAGCUAAUAUUUUCUGUGCCUGUCAGGAUUCCGAGCACAUGAAUUUCUUUGCCUAUAUAACGAAAGACCGAGAAACGGCUAAACAUUAUUGUCACGUAUUCAGUGUGCGGAGUCGAGAAUUGGCCGGGGAAAUUAUACUGACUUUAGGAGAAGCGUUUGAAAUUGCCUAUCAAAUGGCGCUGAAAGAAAAAGCUGAAGAAGAUGCAUUUGAAUUUGAACUAAAAUUAAGCCAAAGUGACCUAGAUGAUUCAACGAGUAUAUCUUCUAAAGCCUCAAUAAGCACCGUCUGAUUUACAGAUCGAGAUACUGGUUUCUUCACCAAAUGUAAUUUGAACAAAAUGCAAAAUGGCUGACUACAUGUUCUUCACUGCUGAGUAUAACUGUAAUGGAGUGUGAAGUAUUGUGGUUGCUAUUAUUAUGUUGAGUUCAUUAAUAAUUGAAAAUUUUAAUGGUUUAUUAAUUCAACCGCUCAAAACAAUCGUUGUUUUAUUAUAUAUUUAGUUAUUAUUUUCAAUUUGUUAAAACCUCAUGACUUACUUGAACUUUUUAUUGAGAAAUUUUAAUCAAAUUUCAUAGACAAUGAUAAUGUGUGCGUAUUUGGCACUUUUAAUCAAAAUGAAAUUUAGAUAACAUUUCAGAAAAUAUAUUUUUAUAGCUUAGAAUUUUAUUUAUUCAAUUAAUACAGAUUUCAGUCUGUUUUAUUCUCUUGUGUCAUGAAUUAUAGAAUGUCGUGAUUGAUCCAUUUUAGACUUCUUAUCCAUUUCAAAACCUUAAAUAGAAUCAGUGUCAGAUUUAGAUGAAGAGAGAUCCUAGGUUAUUGCACUUAUGAGGCCCCUCCCUAUCCCCCAUCCGAACGACUAGAGGAAGAUGACAAUUUGAUUAAAACACAGAUCCUAUUUCGUUUCGUUUUUAUAGUUCAAAAUUUCGUUUUGAUUGACGUGUUCUGAAUGAUGUGAGCUAUUGGCCAAUGAAAAGGUCCAGUACAGCGAGCUUUAGGCGUGUUUUUCACGGAACUGUGGGUAAUCCACUAGCAACAUCAAUGCUGAUUGUUUAAUCAAAUGUCUGACGUCAUAGGGUCAAAAGCCGCUCGUAUGACCUCUGACACGACCUAUUGCUACAAUCGGUCAGAUCUUCAUGUAGUGAAGGCCAUCGAAAGUGGAAAAAAAAAGAAACGAAAUAUACAUCUGUAUUUUAAUCAGAUUGGGAAGAUAACGGAUGUUAAAACUACAGGCUUAUGACAGUGUCAAAAAUAGUAUACACCUUGGCCGAAAGCCCCCCUUGAUCUUGAUGCCCUAGGCUUCAGCCGGCAAUGCCUAAAGGUAAAUCCUGCAUUGAAUAAAUUCUUUCUUGUGUGUUUUGUUGAGGACAAUAUGGUCUCUCCAUUGGGUUGAUGUUGCUAAUGUCAUUUGUUUUUGUUUUUAUGAAUAAUAAAUAAAUUGGGGUGUAAUUGAUUGGUUUGGUAUUUAGAAAAAAACAUCCCAAUGGAGAUUAUAGACUUAUAUAAUGUUGUUGGUGGGCAGAGGUCAAAUAGACCUGCAGUCCUCAUUUUAAUUAUUCAUCUAAUCAAAAAUAAGUGAAAAUUACCACGAAUCUGUGAAUCAUGGAAAGAGUAUAGCCCUGCUUAACAGUAAACUCGAAAAGUUGUGUUUUAAUAGACUUCUGUUUUCACUCCAGUCUAGUGUACUUUUGUUAAGUGGGGACUAUAUAUACACUGUUUACGUAUUUUUAUGUUCCAGUAGUAACUCGGAUUGAAUCGGUUUGUCCAACCAUUUUAUACCCUAUCAGCAGACUGUUUCUGUUCCUUACUUUAAGGAGCCACAGUGACUCAGUGAGUAAGAUGCUGUUUCACUAACCAGGAGAUCUACUCUCAGGAUCGAUCCUGGGGUUGGCAGAGAAAUUAUCCCAGGAUUUUCAAGUGUUGUUUGCCCUUGUCAGUGGUGCCAGAUGGAGGACCUGUCUAGUUGUAUGGAUGGGGCUAAAACAAGGUCCCAUGUGCAAGUUGGCAUGAAUGUUAAAGAACCCUUGACAAUUGGAAAUCGAAAUAAGAGUAAUGCCGCUGCCUGGGCAAAAUUUCCCUCAUAGCACACUACAUGGUGUAUGCUGUUUCAUUAGCCUGGAUGGUGCAAAAAAGUUUCCCUCAUAGCACACUGCAUGGUGUAUGCUGUCCCAUUAUCCUGGGUGGUGCAAAAAAGUUUCCCUCAUUGCAUACUGCAUGGUGUAUGCUGUCCCAUUAGCCUGCAUGGUGUAUGCUGUCCCAUUAGCCUGGAUGGUGCAAAAAACUGAGGAUGUUAAACCCCAUUUCCUUUCCUUUAUAUCAAUCAAUUAGCUUGGUAAACAAUGGUAUGUAAGUUCUACGUUUUAGAUGAUUUUUUUUCUCGUUUCCAGCGUUAAAAGAAAUGUUUGAGAAUAGUAUGGUUGAUCAUGUUCUUAAUAUAAUCAUGUUAAAAUGAAUUUGUGUAAAAGACAAUGCGUGCAAUAUGUUAUAACAAUUCCCUUUUUUAUAUCAAAUUUUCAAUUACCUUUUAGUAAUCUGAGUAAUUUGUACAAAAAUAAAGCAAAUAUUUGUUUUUUUUGUUUAGCUUUGCUUUGCCUAUUUAAUUUAUUAAGAGUUAUGUAUAUAUAAUUUGUAAGAUAAGUAAUAUGUAUAUUUUUUGUAUUAUGUAGAGAAAUGUAAAUAAUACAGGUUCUUCUCAAUACUGAUCAAUCACCGUUCUUUUCAUCAUUGGAUUUUGUCAAGUAGUCAGAGAGAGAGAGAGAGAGAGAGAGAGAGAGAGAGAAAUGGGGUUUAACGUCCACUCGACACAAACUAGGUCAUUUUGGGACUAACAUAUGGUUUAAUUUUUUUUUCAAUAAUUUGCUUGCACGUACGGGUUUUUAGCAGUGGGAUUAAACCGGAGUACCCGGCUAUCCAACCCCCCUGUCAAGUAGGCAGGCCUGGAAAUAGUUGUACCUAACAAAAUUUCAGACACUUAUAAACUAGUACCUGAUAAUAUUAAAAAAGAAAAAAAAAUUGGGGAGGGGGAGUCAUUUGACAUGGUUUCAAAUGCCCACAUGUAUGUGACAAGGAGUAGGGUCACCUGUCCAACCUUGUGGGUUUUCUCUGGGUCCUCCCACUGCUAAAGACCCCUACGUGCAAGCGAAUUAUUGAAUUAAACCAUGUGUUAGUCCCAAAAUGACCUAGCUUGUGUCAAGUGGUGGUUAAGCCCCAUUUCUCUCUCUGUAUAAAUAAGACAAAGGGCGAGCUUAAUAUUGAAAUAAAAUUGAACUAUGUGUUAGUCCCAACAUGACCUAGUUUGUGUGGAGUGGACAUUAAACCCCAAUUCUCUCUCUCUCUCGCUUUAAAUUUAUGCUGGACAUGUGUUAAAAAUGUCAACAAAAACACUGCUCCAUGACAAAUCUGUAUCAUACAAAAUGACAUCCACAAGAGAGAUUGUUUCAAUUUCAAGAUUUGUUUCAAUUUAACUCUACUGUAGUUCCUUAAUCACUAUUAUGAAACCAACUUAUAUCACAUACAAACAGUAAAGAGUUAAGUAAACAAUCUCUCUUAUGUCAAUUGAACACCUGAUACGACUACUAUGUUGGGGCCGAUUCCUGCUAACAUAUGCUGCUAUUUUACUGUUAAUUGUAGAUAUUAUAAGGGAUUAUCAGUACUGAGAAAUUCCUGGAAACAAGAGUCACACAAGUGGACAAAUCCUGCCAAACAUCUUAAAGGAGAAAUCCUGUGGGUUAAUAGGAGGUUGGAUGGCCGAAUGGUUAGCAUGUGCGCGUUGUAUCAUGAGGUCUGUUAUUGAGUCAACUAGCAUGGUUUUGAUUCCUCGGUUGUACGUGACAAGGAGUAGCGUUGCCUGUCCAACCUCAUAGUUUUUCUCUGGGUUCCUCCCACUGCUAAAGACCGCUACACGCAAGCGAAUUAUUGAAAUAAAACCGAACCAUGUGUUGCUUCCGAAAUGACGAUUGGAUUUAGUCCACUAUGGUGACUCAACCCAAACCAAGAACAAAUAUAUAGAAACAUGUAUAUGCAAUCAAACAUUGCUACGCUUAAUGGCAAUAUUAAUGUUAUAAUAUUUUAUCAUUUCUUUAAUAAGGGCAUGUACUUACUUACAAUUAUUUUAACUGGUUUUAUAAGAUUUUAAUUGUUUUCAUAAUCAUUUUAUUGUUCAUUGUUAAGACUUAGUUCAGAGUUCCUUAACUAGUUGGAUUAAUCAAUUCCUAUUUGUUUAUAAAGUGUUCUGUAGGAUUAACAUUGAUUAACCAUUUUGACUCCCUAAAAAGAUUAGAGAAAAGUUAUGUAGCUCAUAUUGAAACCCGUUUGUAACUACUGCUCACCUAGACCGCCUCCUACUACCCAAGUCACAGAAAUAUUAGCUGGUAGUUUAACGUUUGCUUCCACACUAGUGAUGUCACAGACAAGAGUCACGAAGCUAGUAUACUGCCGUUAUAACUUGUUCAUAGGUAUUCACAUGACUUGGGUAGUUUAGGGUAGUCCAAGUGGCGAAGGGUUCAAUUUAAAUAGCACCUCAUAUAACUGACUGAAAAGAUUUCAUCAAUGUUGAUGCCCUUGUACAAGAUACUAUCAUUCCAUAAUAUCAGAAAGGUUAAAGUUCUCUGUAUGUUUCAUCUCCAUCGGGAAAUUUCUCUGUAUGGUUCUAAGUCAUCCAGUUAGUUCUGGGGGUAUGUGUCACAUUCAUCCAGCUAGUUCUGGGGGUAUGUGUCACAUUCAUCCAGCUACUUCUGGGAGUAUGUCACACGUUCAUCCAGCUAGUUCUGGGGGUAUGUCACACGUUCAUCCAGCUAGUUCUGGGGGUAUGUGUCACAUUCAUCCAGCUACUUCUGGGAGUAUGUCACAUGUUCAUCCAGCUAGUUCUAGGAGUAUGUCACACGUUCAUCCAGCUAGUUCUGGGGGUAUUGUCAUGUUCAUCCAGCUAGUUCUGGCGGUAUUUUUCAUGUUCAUCCAGCUAGUUCUGGGAGUAUGUCACAUGUUCAUCCACGUGCUGGACAUAUAUUAUAAAUAUCAAUAAAAACAUUGAUAAAAGACAAAUCGGUGCCGGACAAGAUGACAGGCGCCAGAGGAAUUAUGUCUGACAAAUCCUGAAUUUGACUCUUACAUUGUCUGUGACAGGUGCCUUAUUUCCAGGCUUGUGUAGUGGAGAAAUCUGGAAUGUUGAGCAUACUAACUUUAAAUGUACCAAAUCAUAUUGUGACCAUUAUUCCAUAUAUAAAUACACAAUCAUGGCAUCGCUAGUUAUUCUUGAUCUCAUUUUCAAGUGUCUUCACGUGACAAGGAGUAGGGUCGCCUGUCCAACCUCGUGGGUUUUCUCCGGGUCCUCCGGUUUCCUCCCACAGCUAAAGACCCCUAUGCGCAAGCGAAUUAUUGAAAUAAAAUUAAACCAUAUGUUAGUCCCGAAAUGACCUAGUUUGAGUCGAGUGGAUGUUAAACCCUAUUUCUCUCUCUCUCUCACAUAAUAACAAAAAAAAAAAUCAAAUUUCUUAGUUGAGUUUCUCAAAUCUUCUGGGAGCAAGAAUUGUAGAUAAAUAUUCAUCAAUUAUAUUAUUAAAACUCUAUAAAUAUCUGAUUAUCUCAUAAAUCUGCAUUUGUAAAGUUUGUGUUAUUUUUAUCAGGUAUGAAUUUGUGAUGGACGGACAUUUCAGCUAUGGAUGCUAAUGUUUCGGCCAACUUCAGCAUCAUUGUUUUACUUUGUUGACAUUUGGCCGAAAAUCCUAAAUAUCAUUUUCUCAUAAUCAAAACUUCUGUGGCCAUUUUGUUGACAUUUGGUCGAAGAGUCCUAAUGAGCAUUUUCUCAUCGAAACUUCUGUGGUCAUUUUGUUGUGAUUUGGGCAAAAUGUCCUAAUGAGCAUUUUCAAAACUUGAAAUGUCUAUCGUCAAAUUGUCCUUGCCGAAAAUGUCCUAAAUUGGUAUUCCUAACAAGCACCUUGAUCUACUUAUUAGGAAGGCAAGAAUUAAGAUUGACUUUUCUUCUUUCUUUUUUUUAUUGAUUGUUUUAUUCAACGUUUAGCAUUUUAAUUUCCUUUUAUUUGUGUAAAGAAUUUGUUUUAUUUGAACAAUAAAUGUAUGUCAUGUUCUGGUAGGACUUUUCUAUCACGCUGUAUAUAAUUAGCUUUUAUCAAAAUGUUUGUCUGGGGUUUUUUUUUUUUUGUCAUGAAAUACGAUUUGGAAUCAAAUAUUUUUACAAGUUAAGAAAGAAAGUGCUCUUGUUUUUUUUUGUUAUUAAUUUUAGAUGAUAAUAUACUACGAAUGAGAUUGAGUACGGAGCUGUUAUGCUAGAGUUUUAUGUAGCUUACCGUGUAUAUACAAUGACCUGUAUCAUCUAAUUCAAAUUUCUAUAUAGUAUAUAAAUAAAUUAAUCACUUAGUUAA